UGUAUCUUUCAGAGAUCACUCAUCAGCGGAAAAAUAUCAUUACCUUUGUAGUCUUGGUCUCACUAAGAUGGCAGCCAGCCUGUGAGGUCCUGACGAACUGAAGAGAUGCAUUGCGUAGUCAACAUGGGAGCAAAUGCGUCUCAGCUUGAGAAGGAGAUUGGUUCGGAUCAGUUCCCGGUGAAUGAACACUACUUCGGAUUGGUAAAUUUUGGGAACACGUGUUACUGUAACUCAGUGCUCCAAGCGCUGUACUUCUGCCGGCCGUUCCGGGAGAAGGUUCUGCAGUACAAGGCCCAGCCCAAGAAGAAGGAGACGCUGCUCACCUGCCUGUCCGACCUCUUCCACUCCAUCGCCACGCAGAAGAAGAAAGUCGGCGUCAUCGCGCCCAAGAAGUUCAUCGCAAGGUUGAGAAAAGAAAAUGAGUUGUUUGACAACUACAUGCAGCAAGAUGCACAUGAGUUCCUUAACUACCUACUCAACACAGUAGCGGAUCUGCUACAAGCAGAGAAACAACAAGCCAAAGGCAUCAACGGGACAGACAACAACACCAAGUCCGACCCCACCUGGGUCCACGAUAUCUUCCAGGGAACGCUGACCAACGAGACCAGGUGCCUCUGUUGUGAGACGGUCAGCAGCAAAGAUGAGGAUUUCCUGGACUUGUCAGUAGAUGUGGACCAGAACACAUCUAUCACCCACUGUUUAAGGGGCUUCAGUAAUACAGAGACGUUGUGUAGUGAGUAUAAGUACUACUGUGAGAUGUGCUGCAGCAAGCAAGAAGCACAAAAACGUAUGAGAGUGAAAAAGUUGCCCAUGAUCCUGGCUCUGCACCUGAAGAGGUUUAAGUACAUGGAGCAGCUGCACCGCUACACCAAGCUGUCCUACAGGGUGGUGUUUCCCCUGGAGCUUAGACUCUUCAACACAUCGGAUGAUGCAGUUAAUGCAGAUAAAAUAUAUGACCUGGUGGCUGUGGUUAUCCACUGUGGCAGUGGACCUAACCGGGGCCAUUACAUCACCAUUGUCAAGUCUCAUGGCUUCUGGCUGCUGUUUGAUGAUGACAUCGUGGAGAAAAUUGAUGCCCAUGCAAUCGAAGACUUCUACGGGCUGACAUCAGAUAUACAGAAGACGUCGGAGUCGGGUUACAUCCUGUUCUAUCAGUCCAGAGACAGUAGUUAGACAUCUGCCUCCUCAGAAGGUGGAGAUGAACAGUACAAGGAAACCUCCAGGCAUAUCACAGCCCCUGCAGUUCUGUAUGCUGCAGAACAUGUCCAUGUUUAGGACAUGAGAGUCAAUAAGACUUAAUAUGACUGUGAUAUAGUAAACCAGUAGUCUGGUAUCUAGCCUGCUCUAGGUAAGGUAUGCUCCUCUGAUGGCUUCUACACAGAAUAGUCCUCUUGAUAGAAGAAUGAUUGGCAUUUUAAUAUUUACCUAAAAUGUAGGUGAGAGCUCUGAUUGGCUCCGGGUCACAUGGUUCUUGUAACGUCAUGGUAACAGGGUUGAAACAGGCAUCUGGAUUUUCAAUCCCGAUGUCACUGCUUUAUGAAAUAUUUACUGCAUGAUGAAAGGUCCAAAUGUUUCAAAGGAAACAAGGGAUAGACUCAUCUGCGUGGAAGCAAUCAGACGAGCAAACAGUGACUAGAAUAGGGUGGAUACCAACCAGACUGGUAGACCAGAGGGAGACCAGCAAGUCUUUAGGCCUUUGGAGGGUUUCUGAGAUUGUACCUUUUGUAGCCAGUUGACAUUCCAUGAUAUUUUAUUUAGCUGUGAGGAUUUUAUGUAUCACUAUCUGAUGCAGACAGUCCCCUUCAGCAAUCCGUCUGCUCACAAUUGGAAGGUUAAACAAAGAUAUUAUGCGAGAUAAAAUUGAGAUGUCUGGACUUAUCGUAGUACCCUAUUGGUGGCUACUUCCGAUCAUGUAUAAAGUUUUAUUUGGGAGAUUUGUAAAGAUAAGGACUGGCAAAACAAUGUUGAUGUUUUACAUGACAUUAUGCCAAAGAUACUCCAUUUUGCAUGAGCUUUUACUCUAGUUUGAAUCUUUUUUUUGGUCAAUAUAAUGUAUAGCUAUGGGGUGAUGUAGAGAAGACUUCAUUUUACAUCAAAUGGAACAGUUUAAAGAUUACUAGACCUGUACAGCAUAAUAAGGAUGUAAUGUCAUUUCUCAAAGGUCCACCUUGUAAAGUCGACUGUAAAAUAGACCAUUUGGGAACAGACCAUAACAUGUAUACUGCUUGGUGUAUCAUGAUAUUUCACCACUGAA